CACACCGCAGGCCAGGGUUUCGGCUGGCAGGGGAGAGCGCUGGGAGGGCGCGGACACCCGGGGCCAGGGGACGACAAGGCAGCGAUGGCCCGAGAGUUGAGCCAGGAGGCACUACUGGAUUUUCUGUGCCAGGCUGGAGGAAGAGUGACCAACGCCGCCUUGCUGGGCCACUUCAAGAGCUUUCUCCGAGACCCCGACGCGCCCCCCAGCCAACACCAGCGCCGCCGCGAGCUCUUCAAGGGCUUCGUCAACUCGGUAGCCGCAGUGCGCCAGGACCCCGACGGCACCAAGUAUGUGGUGCUCAAGAGGAGGUACAGGGACCUUUUGGGGGAGGAGGGGCUGCAGCGACCCCGCGACCCGCCCGCUGCCGCCGCCCCUACAGGGAGAGCUGCUCCCUGUUCCCCGCAAGGCGCCCGCCAAAGGGAUCCGCCGCCGCAGCCGCCCAGGAGGCGGCGGCACGAGAAGGGGCCAGAGGAGGAGCCAGCAGGUGCCGCAGCCCCAGCCGCCCACGCAGGCUGUAAUGGACUCACCGCCAGCCGCACCCGGGAGGCAGCCCGGGGAGGCGGCGGGCGGAGGGGCGGCUCUGGCCACAGGGCCGGAGCGAGGUGCGCGGCUGUGGAGACGCAGGGCCGCUGCUGCUGGGAAUGCCACCAAAACAGCCUGGAGGGACUCCCGGGCGAGCAGGUGCUCGGCGCAGUCCCAGACCCCGCCACCGCCACCGCCACCGCCGGGGACAAGCCGGCGCGUGUCCCGCUGGCCCGGGAUGAUCGCGAGCCUCCCGGGCAGCAGCCGGAAGGCUUGCCCGCUGAGCACGCACCGGUGCCCACAGCGCCCUGCUCUCCUCCUGCAACCGUCGAGGCUGCUGGAAGUGGGGCUUGGCCGCCUCCUCUCCUGUCCCUCCCUACUUCCCCUGCAGACCAGCCAGAGCUGCUGACCCCGAGCUCUCUGCAUUAUUCCAUCCUGCAGCAGCAGCAACAGCGCACUUGGGAAUGGGUGGCCAGACAUCCCCAGAUACCCAAGGCCCGGAACCAAGGACCCAUCAGAGCCUGGUCAGUGCUGCCGGACAAUUUCCCCCAGAUACCAUCUGAGCCCAACUUCUGUGUCCCAGAACCUAACUCAGAGCCUCUAGACCCCUCUCUUUCAUCUCAUUCUCUCCUUCCUGUUGUUCCGGAAUCCUGUCCCCAGAAUACUCCAUUGACAGUCUUUCGUAGCAUUCGUAGUCAGCUGUCCCUCCAAGAUCUGGAUGACUUUGUGGACCAAGAGAGCCAUGGCAGCGAGGAGAGCAGCAGUGGGCCCAAGGAAUCCCCAGGGGGUUCUGAAGAGGGGCUGCAAGUUACCCUGGGAACCCCAGAUUGGAGAAAGCUCAGGGAUCCGGCUGGGGGCCUUUCUCCAAAAGAGGGCAGCCCCAGCAGGAGCCCUCAGGGCCUCAGAAACAGAGGGGAUGGUCACACCUCUCAGCAGGUCUCGACAAAGGCUAAUGGCCUUGUAGGCCACCCCCAGGAGUCUUUCCCCUGGCCAACUCCUAAGUUAAGGAGAGCCCUCAGGAGGAGCUCACAGGCAGGGAGAGCCAAAUUGUCUUCUUCCGAUGAGGAGUGUCUUGAGCAGGACUUGCUGAAAAGGACUCGUCGCCCACCACGGUCCAGGAAACCAUCCAAGGCAGGAGCAGUGUCCAGCCCAAGAGUGGAUGCUGCUUUGACACCACAAUCUGCAGACAUUAAGGCUGCUGCUGCUGCUGCUGAGUGGCAUCCUCACACCCCCUGGGCCGAGGGUGGGGAGGAAUCUGCAGCCUUGGUCCCGCACAGACCUGAGCACAAGUCAUCUCUGGUCCCCCUAGAUGCCAGGGAGCAUGAAUGGAUCGUGAAGCUUGCCAGUGGCUCUUGGAUUCACGUGUUGACUUUGUUUUGGGAGGACCCCCAGCUGGCUCUGCACAAAGACUUCUUGACUGGGUACACGGCCUUGCACUGGAUAGCCAAACAUGGUGACCUCAGGGCCCUUCAGGACUUUGUCUCUAGUGCACAGAAAGCCGGGGUUACUCUUGAUGUAAAUGUGAAGUCCAGUUGUGGAUAUACCCCUCUGCACCUUGCAGCCAUUCACGGCCACCAGGGGGUCAUCAAAGUGCUAGUGCAGAGGUUGGCUUCUCGGGUCAAUGUCCGGGACAGCAGUGGGAAGAAGCCAUGGCAGUAUCUGACCAGUAAUACCUCUGGGGAGGUAUGGCAGCUACUGGAAGCCCCUCGGGGAAGGCCCAUUUUUCCUGUCUAUCCUUUAGUCCGAAGCUCUUCCCCCACCAGGAAGGCCAAGAGCCGGGAAAUAUCUAGAAAUAUCACCCGGAAGUCUUCCUUUGCUGCACUACUCAAAAGUCAGCACAGCAAAUGGAAAUUGGCCAACCAGUAUGAGAAAUUCCCCAAUCCAAGGGAAAGAGAAGAGUAUAGUGACUGAGGUGGGCCCCUCUUUUGAACAUGCAGCCACACACCACACACCAGCACAUCCUUGAGGUGUUCAUUGAGAAAAUUCAGGGGGAAUAGAAAAAUUGCUGAGGCGUUGGUAAGGAAGAGAUCGUCUGACGUGGUUUACCUCGUGUUUACUUGCCUGGAUUUUAUGUCAGCACAUCCUGAACCUUAGGGGUCACCCAAACUUUCUGACAGCUCAAGUCUUUGGGCCAUUGAAACCUAGACACAGGGCAGAGUCAGACUUAAAACCCAGUAAAUAGUCUUCCUCUUUCCUUGUCACCACAGAUCUGGGCACAGUGAGCCACAUUGGUUUUCGAAGCAGCAGCCCCAGGCCUUGACUACAGAGAGAACAGAUGUUUAAGAAAAAGGGAGCCAAUUCAAGGGAUUGAGGAAGCUCAAACAAAAUCCUCUGGCUAGUACCUCUCUGGCCUCUAUCAUUUGGAGAAUGAAUCCUGGCUGAGUGGAAAGCACCAGGUUUGAAAUCAGAUGGCUCCUAUUUUCUUCUUUUUCUCUUUUUCUUCCUUCCCUCCCUGCCUCCCC